GGUGUCUUUGCAUGCAUUUACAUCAGCAUCAUUUCAGGAAAAAACCUCUGCUGCCACAGCUCAAGUCAUCCAGGGAGGAGGAUGCACGAGGCAGACCAAGGGAUGGGAAGAGACACGGGCUCGUGUGGUGGGGAGCACCUCAUCAGCAUUUACAAGGUGCAGUGAUUGAUGUCCACUGUGUACCUCAGCAGUGGGAGCUACACCAGGUUUUCAUCCUCAGAGACCAAAAGCAGCAGACAGCUGCAUCAGGAAAUACUCUGAUUCAGGGUGGGUUGUGGCUGAUGGCAGACAUGGAGACUUUCUAAAUGGACAGGAAUCAUAAAAUCAGAACCUCCUGACGAUUGCAGCAUCAUCCUCUGGACUCCAAGAUAGCCUUUGACCUCAUUUUCAAGCCGCUGUUUUCUGGCCGUACUUCCUGGCUUUGAAGGAUGGGUGAUGGGCCUGUGACUGCUCCUGCCUGCCUGCCUCAUCCCACCCUUCAAUGGAGCCGAUGUGGAACUCCUCCCACCCACCUCCACAGCUCAUGUCCAACAUGUCUGCCUCCUAUCUGCCCGAGGGCUGGGCUCUGUCCCAGUCGCUAGCCCUGCUGGCCAUGCUGCUCAUGGAUCUGCUGGCUGUGGUGGGUAAUGUGGCUGUCAUGGCGGUCAUUGCUAAGGCCCCACAGCUCCACAAGUUUGCCUUCGUUUUCCACCUGUGCGUGGUGGACCUGCUGGCAGCCCUGGUGCUGAUGCCUCUCGGCAUGCUCUCAAGCCGAGCCUUCUUCGGGGAGGCCCUGUGCCGGAGCUACCUCUUCCUCAGUGUGUGCCUGGUUAGCGCUGCCAUCCUCUCUAUCUCUGUAAUCAAUGUGGAGCGGUAUUACUACAUCAUACACCCGAUGCGCUAUGAAGUGAAGAUGACUGUUGGCCUGGUAGCGUCAGUUCUGGUGGGGAUAUGGGUCAAAGCCUUGGUCAUGUCUGUUCUGCCGCUGCUCGCUUGGUUCCUGCAAGGUGGACGAACUCCUCUUCUGGAGAGUAGUGGGGUUGGGGGAGGAGGAGGUGGGGCUGUCCCAUCUCCACCUGCUCAGGGUCACAGGCGCUGCUCACUACAUUGGACAGGUGGAGGGUCAAACCGUUUGGCCUUUAUGGUCCUGUUCACUCUGGUGUAUUUCUUGUGUCCACUACUGGUCAUUCUUGUUGUGUAUUGCAAUAUGUUCAAAGUGGCUCGGGUAGCAGCCAUGCACCAUGGGCCUCUGCCUACCUGGAUGGACACGCCUCGUCGCCAGCGGUCAGAGUCACUCAGCAGCCGUUCCACGAUGGUCACCAGCUCUGGGACAGGGACUGGGACGGGCAGAGCGACUCCGCAGCGUCCCUUUGGGGGAGGAAAGGCUGCAGCAGUGUUGGCAGCAGUCGGCGGACAAUUCCUCUGCUGCUGGUUGCCCUACUUUACUUUUCACCUGUAUUCUGCACUGGCUGCCAGCCCUCCAGCCACGCUCGCCUCACUGGAGGAGGUGGUCACCUGGAUUGGCUACUUCUGCUUCACGUCCAAUCCCUUCUUCUACGGCUGUCUCAACAGACAGAUCCGGGAGGAGCUGGGCAAGCACCUGCCCUGUCUGUUUCGUCGAGCGGGGGUUGAGUUGGAGGACAGACUGCCCAGCCGUGAAGGAUCCAUAGAGGAGAAUUUCCUUCAGUUUCUUCAGGGCACCGGCUGCAACUUGGAUCCUCAAAACUCUCACAGCACCUCCAGCCCUAAAGGGGAGGCCUGCUGCCCCGUGGCUCAGUCCCAACCAGCGGAGCCAGCGCAGCCCAUACCGAUAGAUUUCCGUAUCCCUGGACAAAUUGCAGAGGAGACUUCAGAGUUUAUUGAGACCGAACAGGCGAAAAACAACCAUAUAUACACAGACAAUUAAGUUCUAAUGUCUUUAUUUCCUAAAAAAUUAUUUCAAUCAUUCAAAUAUGAACUGUGCCAGGAGUUAUUUCAGUGAAAACAUGUUUCUCUAUUUCUACUGAAAGCUGUCCAACAGGUAGCUCAGUUAAUUAAAAUUACUUUAAAGUAUAUCUUCGAAUCAUUGCACUUUGCAUCAUCAGAUUUCAUCCUUAAAAAGUCACAAUUAAAUGCAGUUGUUUCAGAUGCAUUUCUGUUGUUUGUGAACAGGGAAAUUACUGCUUGAGUUUAAAAAUGGCAAAAACAACCUUCCACACUACACCGCUCAGCUCUGUACAGUACAUGGCAUUUAUGACAACUAUUGGUGUAACUUGUUAAAGCCUUUUUAAAGAUAAAAACAUUGAUCAUACAUAUGUUUGAUUCGAUGAAGGUCACUUCUUCAGAGUUAAAUGUUUUCAGAACAUCCCUUUGCUGAAAUACACGACUCCCUCACAAUUACUGACUUUACUAUUGUGUGAUGAAGCUCUGCUGUGAGAACAAUCACCUUUGGUGUUCAGAAAUGAAGAUUAAACGGCUCCACACACCAACUGAUACUGUAUUUGUAACUGCCAAAUCAGUCAUGUUUUUGAGACUCAGCUAAGUUGAUUAUUUUUGAAUAAGUAAUGUCAAAGAAGACAGCAAUAAAAUACACAAAAUUACAAGUAUUUGGGGGAUCCAUUGAAGGAAUAGCACUACUGUCACUUUUAAUUGGUAGCUGUGCUCUCAUCAGUGAUAAUGCCACUUUUAACCCUCAUGCCAGUCUAAUUAUAAUCGAUUAGGAGGCGUACGUAUCGUGGCUGAACUCUCAUGGAAUUGCAGCGAGUUGUUUACAGAUAACCACCUGACUUUUCCUUUCUUUGGUGCUUGUCCAAACACAUCUUUUAUUUUUAUUUCCUAAACAGCAGAUCUGUUGUGAUUCAGUUCGGGAUGCAGGUUAACUUUAUAACUCAUCUUAAGAGUCACCCAGCUUUCUGCCAUGUGAUGUAUUUAUCAGUGUAUUUGGAUAUAGAUCUUAAAAAUCAGUAUUCUCUUCAUGACUGCAUUACAUUCAAAUAUGAUUCUAUUUCUUACAUUUGUUAAAUGUACUAAAUUGUAUGUUAUGUUUGGUAAAACUGUAUAAGUUUGGGUUGUGUGUUUCACCCAGCACGCCCAUUUUUCUUUUUAUUGGUGUAAAUUUGUUAUGAUUUUCAUUACAAGGAAGCUGAUGUAUUUUGACAUGUAUGCAGUAACUGCCUUCUUUAUUUGUUUUUUAACCCAGAAGGAGAAUACAUUUAGAUUUAGUUUGACUCCCCUGCUCAUCAGGGUUUUUACAGUACCUCACAUGCAGGAAGAAAACAUUACGUUACAGUCCUGCACUGGUCAGUGUCAAGUACGACUCCUGCACACUUUAUUCUGAUGUUGCAAGGAGAAUAAAGCAGGUGCGACUUGCUCGUUUAUUAGUAAUGAGGGUGCAGACUUUGCUAAUCUUUUGAUGAUGACAUGAAGUGGUCUUUUAUAGCAAACUGUUAGGGAUCAAUAUGAUAAAUGUAUAAUGUUUGAUUGAAAUGACUUUCUUACGUAACGUGGAUACAGGGUUUUUAAGAUAUUUUUUGAGUGACGAUGCCAAUCCAAAAUCAAAAGCUUGUUGAGCUUGAUAUCCUCUUUUCAUCCCGUCUGAAUAUCCCAAACUGUGAAUGAUGUUUGUGUUAGGAUUUUCACUUGUUCAGAGGUUGUUUUUUAUGCUGUGAUUAAAAUAAAAGAAUGACUUCCACUGUACUGCAAUGACAUGAAUGUGUUUUAGAAAAAUACACGGCUAAAAGUUGAGUGAGAGAUGCUGUUGU